GUCACAGCGCAGUCCCCGCCCCGCCACUUCCGGUCCCGCCGCCGGGAGCCGGUGCGGCUGUGAGGGCUUUCGCGUCUUGCAGCCGUCGCUGGUCGGGCAUGGUGUUGGAUGCCGGCCCGCCUCGCCUGACUCGCGGUGCUCAGAAGAAAGGCGGCAGUAAUGCUGACGCUGGCAAGCAAGCUGAAGCGGGAUGACGGUCUCAAGGGAUCCCGGACAUCAGCCUCCACAUCGGACUCUACUCGGAGGGUUUCUGUGAGAGACAAGCUGCUUGUUAAAGAGGUUGCAGAACUUGAAGCUAAUUUACCCUGUACAUGUAAAGUACAUUUUCCUGAUCCAAACAAGCUUCAUUGCUUUCAGCUGACUGUAAGCCCAGAUGAGGGUUACUACCAGGGUGGAAAAUUUCAGUUUGAAACUGAAGUUCCUGAUGCCUACAACAUGGUGCCUCCCAAGGUAAAAUGCCUGACUAAAAUCUGGCACCCCAACAUCACAGAAACAGGAGAAAUCUGUCUAAGUUUACUAAGAGAACAUUCAAUUGAUGGCACUGGCUGGGCGCCCACUAGGACAUUGAAGGAUGUUGUUUGGGGAUUAAACUCUUUAUUUACUGAUCUUUUGAAUUUUGAUGAUCCACUGAAUAUUGAAGCUGCAGAACAUCAUUUACGAGACAAGGAGGAUUUCCGGGACAAAGUGGAGGAAUACAUCAAACGCUAUGCCAGAUGAUAAGAGGAGAGAUUACAGGUCUGAGGACUUGGUCACAGUUGUCUCUGAUGUGAAACAGCUCGAGGUAGCCCACCUCCCCAUCCUCAUACUCCCUGUCAGCCCCUUGGGAUUGUCCCAGUCUUGCGACCAUGUUGUCCUGAAGAAGACCAUCCUCCUGACUACACAAUACAGCAAGAAAGUGUGUCUGGGCCGCGAGAGCGUUGUCUGCUUCCCUUAACAUGUUUACUGAAACUCUACUGUCUAGGCUGUGGGAUUCCUCCGAAGUUGUAAUGAACUCACCAUUGAGGAUAGCGCUUGCUUCCCUUCCCCCAACAAAAUCCACGUCCUGCACAAGUGAUGUAAUGACACGUUUGGUGUGACUGGCAGAUUGGCAAUAAGAAACCCGCUAUAAACUGUGAUUGGAUGCACAUUCUCUUAGCUUCUUCCACGAAUGUUGGCCUGCCUAGAUGUGAAGCUGCCCAGAAUGCAUAGUCAUUCACUGUAGAUCUUACUGAAAUGCGUAUUUUAUUUAAUGUAAGUAUAUUUUGGAACAGAUUUGUAAUUUGUACAAUUUGAUGCUUUAAUUAUUUUUUCUAUUCUCAUUUAGUUUGUAUUUUCAUUGUAUAGAGCAGACACAAAGAUCCUGGGUCAAGCAACUCUUGAAGAGAAAUACAAAGAGACCAUGAAAGGCACAUUUACUCAGUCUCUCCAGAUGCAGCAGGAAUCAGGCUCUUAGACAGCAGCUCUACCUGCUGUCCACAUGUGGCAAGGAUGUUUUGGAGACUUAGAACCUAGCCUGAAUGAUCAAAACCAAAGGCAGGAAGGCAUCUCUCACAUGCUACCCAGACACAGCAGGCUGAGCUUCCUAAGCAAGGGUCGUGGCUGAUUCCACUGUUGUGAUAGUGUGAGCCGGGGCUUCCUUAACCGAGCUCUGUCUUUGCUGUCCAGCAAGAGGAAAUGCCUGGGGAGUCAGCUCAGUCUUUGGUGCUGCCAAGACUGCACUGUGACUGUCUUCUGACUUGUGAGUGGUUCCAAGCCCGAACAGGCUAGGCGGCAGCAGCAGCAGCAGAUGCCAUACUCAGUCAGGGGGAGCACUUCAGGGUCAGCCCUGUAGAGAGACUGGUGGAUUUAGUCUAGCUUUAGACAUUUAAACCAGUGAAAUCUAAUGCAAAAUAAAUGCAUGUCUGGUUUUAUUCAC